GCCAGGAAAAGUAAAAGUCAAACCUUAGUACCAACUCACUUACACUACCUUGCUCUAACCUAGCCGCCCCAACUCAUUCUGCAUUUUCAUCUUUCUCUAAAUUUUGAACCACUUCAUCAUACCAUAAAUAAAACCACCAAUCUUAUCCUCUCAUUCUCCUCUACAAAUCUAUUUUAUUUAUAAUCACUGAAGUUUAAUUCUUAAGUCUUCUACCUUCAAUUCAACUCAAAACUCACCGUAUCAAUCAAAAUCUCGCCGGAAAACGAAGCGUCCUCCGCCACACACAGAAUUGUUUGUGAAAUUGUUUCAGAUUGGAUUAGACGGCAAAUAAUCCUCAACAACCUUCUAGUAUUCAGAUUUGAUUUAAGCUUUGAAGUUGAUUUGAUUUAUUAUGGCCACAUUCAAGAGCUAUACUGGUGUCUGCUUCAGAGGAUCCGCUUUUCCGGUUUCUCCUUCCAAUGUUACCACUAACAAAAAUACCAGAUAUUCUUGCUGGAAGCCUACACAAGCAGCUGUGAAUACCACUUUCCACCUCCCAAUGCGCAGUUUUGAGAUGAAAAAUAGGACUUGUACUGAGGACAUAAAAAGUCUGAGAUUGAUAACUGCCAUAAAAACUCCAUACCUACCUGAUGGUCGAUUUGAUCUUGAAGCAUACGAUGCCUUGGUAAAUAUGCAAAUUGAGAAUGGAGUUGAAGGUGUUAUUGUUGGUGGCACAACUGGUGAAGGCCAACUAAUGAGCUGGGAAGAGCACAUAAUGCUUAUUGCGCACACAGUUAACUGUUUUGGUGGGAAUAUUAAGGUUAUUGGAAAUACUGGAAGCAACUCGACCAGGGAAGCAAUCCAUGCCACAGAGCAGGGUUUUGCGGUUGGAAUGCAUGCCGCCCUUCAUAUAAACCCUUACUAUGGAAAAACCUCCUUGGAUGGUAUGGUUGCUCACUUUCAAAGUGUGCUUUCCAUGGGCCCCACGAUCAUAUAUAAUGUGCCUUCACGGACUGGUCAAGACAUUCCUCCACAUGUGAUUCAAAACUUAGCUCAAAGUAAUUGCUUGGCUGGUGUCAAGGAAUGUGUUGGAAAUGACCGGAUCAAAGAGUAUACUGAUAAUAGAAUUGUUGUGUGGAGUGGGAACGAUGAUCAAUGCCAUGAUGCUAGAUGGGGUUAUGGGGCUACUGGAGUGAUAUCUGUUGCAAGUAACCUCAUUCCUGGUUUAAUGCAACAACUCAUGUUUGUAGGAAAAAAUCCUGCAUUGAAUUCUAAGCUCUUGCCUUUAAUUGACUGGCUUUUCCACAUGCCAAAUCCCAUUGGUUUGAACACGGCUCUAGCUCAACUUGGAGUUGUCAGACCAGUUUUCAGGCUGCCAUUUGUACCUCUUCCUUUGGAGAAAAGGAUAGAAUUUGUCAAUUUGGUGAAGCAAAUUGGUCGAGAGCAUUUUGUUGGAACUGAAGACGUCCAGGUUCUUGAUGACGACGACUUUUUCUUGGUUAGUCGUUAUUAAUUUAGGUGGUUAGUUGUUAUUUACUUAGGUCACCUUGUAGACUUAUUGUAUCCCUUAUGGGGUUUUCUGUCAAACUUAAAAAGACAAGAUUAUGGAGUUUGUAGUCCAUGAUUUGGUAAACUCGACUACUAUAAAAAAUAGGUAAUGUUACCUCCUAAUCUGCAAGCAAAUUGCUUUUUAUUUUUGGCUA